GGCGGCGUUUGUGUCAGCGCCAUUACAAGAGACUGGCAUCACAGGAUGAGCAAGGACAUCAUCACUGUCAGCUGCAUCACAUUCUUUUCGUCUUUUUUUGACUGCGACAGGAUCCUGUGAUUCUGCGAUACAGACAAACCAGUAUAGCGGACGUCACAUCGAAUGGCCAACAAAAUGAAGUCAGGAUGAAAGGAACACCAUUUCUUGAUUUCUUCCUCUGCAGCCUUCUCGUCGACACCAAGGUUGCUGAUGUCAGCAGUAUAGCGGACGUCACAUCGAAUGGCCAACAAAAUGAAGUCAGGAUGAAAGAAACACCAUUUCUUGAUUUCUUCCUCUGCAGCCUUCUCGUCGACACCAAGGUUGCUGAUGUCAGGAAUGGACGAACUUCGCGUGGUUCUAGUGGGAAAGACCGGAAGUGGCAAGAGUGCUUUGGGAAAUACACUCCUAGGCCGUAACGCCUUUGACUCUGAACGCGGCCUGAAUUCUGGCACAAAAAAGUGUAACUGGGCAGAAGCUAAAGUUGAUGGGACAAUCCUCAGUGUGACAGACACACCUGGACUGUGUGACACCCACCGCAAAGAGGAGGAAAUUCUAUUGGAAAUCGGCAAGUCCAUAGCUGUGGCCUGCCCAGGACCUCACGUUGUCAUCAUUGUCCUUCGAUGUGAUCAACGCUUUACCAAUGAAGAACAUCAGGCAGUAAAGACUCUGUUGAAACUGUUUGGAGAGAAUGUUCGUUCUCAUCUCAUGGCAGUUUUCGUCGGAGGAGAUAGCCUUGACGUUCCUUUCAAUCAGAUGCAGGCUGCUCUAAAAGAAGAAAUUGACAAAGGAUCAGAACUGUUGAAAGAUGUUGUACGCGACGUCUGCAACCGUUUCUGUGUGGUGGACAACAAAGGUUCACCUGAAGCCAAGAGGCAGCACGCACGGGUCGUUCUAAAGAUCAUUGAAGAUGUAGUUGAAAGCAACAAAAAACGUUUUUUUACCAACAAUAUUGUUGCUAAAUACGACAAAGAAAUGGAGAAAACCAUAAGUCGCCAUCAGGCAGAGCGAAACUUGUCAACAGAGGAGGCGGUCAAAGAAACCAGACAAUUCGUCGUGGAAGAAAAAGAAGAACCUGGUUUCUUUCAAACUCUAACGAAUGUUACCAAGGAUUACAUAUUGCCAGUUGUUUCAAACCCCCUAGUGGGUAAAGCUGCUACUUUGGUGUCAUCGCAAUGUUCUGUUAUGUAAUUAGAGCAAAUAUGUGAAUGAUUAUUAGAAUAAAUUAAGACACUUGCAAUUACUGAUAACUGUGGCACACAGUACUUACCUCCAAUAGAUAAUAACAACAAACACCUACAGAUUAUCGCAGCAAUGAUUUUAAAAAAAAAUUGAUCAAACGAUGUUUCUGCAAAAAGCCAAAGAACCAAUCAGUAUGUAAUGUUGUAUUUGAAAUGAGUUCUUGAAAAACGUAAUUUGUUUUUAACAUAUACAUAAUUAAAUCAUGUGACAUGUUCAAAGAAAUGUAAAACAAAAAGAUUGAUAUGUACAUACGUUUCCAUCUCUUGUUAUUGUUCAGUUCAUGUUUUAGAUUACUAGUCUUAUUAGAAAAUAUCUCUGUUAACCUCAUUACAGGACGUCCGAUCUCUCACCUUAGCUUAGACUCAGGCCGACUAUUGGUGUAAACUUUCCAAUGUGUCCAUAAAGUCUUACCAAAUGUGUAUUACUGUCAUAGCGAGGUUUCCAUAUCUCUUUUUAACAUUUUAAUCUUCUGUAUAUUUUGCUUUCGUAUUAUAUAUAUAUACAGAAAAAGAUUUUAACUAUUGCAAGCUUGUAAGGUUAAACAAGGAAGUUUGACUUUAACUGACUUUGGUUGAUAAUUAUGCUUAUCACACAUAACUAGUAGAUUAAUAAUAAUAACUGCGUGAUCACAUUUACAAAUAAUUAUUUUUGUUUUAACUCAUUACAUUAUUUUAAUUAUCUGUUUUACAACGUGAAUUAAUUGUGUAUUUAUAUGAACAUCAGACUAUUUUGUACACGCUUCUACAAUGAAUGUGUAAAUAAAUUAAGAUAACACUGAAA